AACCUCCUUUGCGUCUUCUUCCCGCAUAGCUUGCCAAAGCCUGGGCUGAAGGUUGUUGCUAGCCGCGUGCAGUCUAGAGACCAUAUUUCGGCCCUCUUAGGCCAGGCACCGGUAGGCAAGCAGGUUAGCUCCCAACUCAACAUGGCAUUCCUCCUUGACUACUUUGCUUACCAAUGGGAGAAGCAAAACAACGAUGCUGAUUCUUACAAGGAGUGGUCUGAGUUCCUGGAUGUCGCGGAAAAGGACCGCCGGCGCGAUCGCAUCAUUGCCUGGCGCGAGCGCGUCAUGUACGAUGACUAUGCGGUAAACGCUGAGGAGCCUAUUGUCUACAAGCGUACCGCCGGGUUCGUCUGGCGUGAGGUGGACCACACCGGGACGCACAAGAACCGCAACCACACGUACAUGUACAACCUGAAGUCCUUCGGGCACAAGAUGUACAGCCGCCGCGACACGGCGGAGCUGACCGCUGCGGAGAAGGCCGUGGCGGAGCGCGUGCGCAAGGGCGAGCUGGGCGGCCUGUCGCCCCUGGCGUAAAGCACUGGGCGCACGCACGCAUGCAGGCGUGCAUACCGGUACAUGCGUCUGGAUGCGACACGCCCGCGGCUUAUAUCUGUUGUUAGUGUCAGUGGCUUGGAGAUGUGGAUGCGAGGAGAUGUGGAGAGCAAGGAGACAUCGGAGGUGGAUUGAGGAGAGGAGGAGGAUGGCGCAGAAGCGGUUGCAGGUGUGAGGGAGCGCCAUACCCGCGCUUGUUGCCAGCUUUUGGAGCCAUCGAGGGGUGAGGUUCUGGGGGACGGCAGUGAUAGGACUGCAAAACCGGUGUGGUUAGGGGUAGCACGUCCAACGGCUGGGAAGGGUUGGACGGCUGUGUGGGCUGAUGCGCCGUGGCGGUGGGUACUGGAAGCACAACCCGUGUGGGGGCUUGGCAUGAGGCGGGCGGUCUUAGCGUGGCGAGCUUGAAAACGAUGGCGGUGGUUACAAGGAC